GUUAUGGAGCCCUCUUCUAUAAGAAAUAGUGACGGGAUAUUCUGCUGAGUCUUUUAAAAGAAGAUUAUUUCAGGUGUUAUGUAUACCAAUAAUCUUAAGUAUUAAUAUGUAAGAAUGCUUGUAACUACCCAAACACAAGUCCGAAAGGAUACAUAAUUCGUUAAUUGUACCAAGCAAUGUUUGAAGUUUGAGUUUCGCUUUUGUGGUACUUUCAGUCGUGCGUUACGCUGAUGGCCAAAAGCAAUAAUUCUGUUUUCGACCCAUGGAAUACUUUUUACGAAACCCCAGAAGAGCAAGCUGCCAUAAAACAGAGAGCGAAAAUGAGGGAUGCAAUGAAGGCUGAGUACAGGAAACGAUAUACAAAUCCAUUCAACCCCCCAAUGGGUCAUUUGCACGAUCCUGCAUUGCAACACCAUUUUUCAGCCCAGGUUACAUAUGCAGAAUAUUUACGUCCAUCCCCCAAAUUGGGACUAAUCGCCCUUGGAGUUUUAGGCGUAGGGUGUCUAGCGAUGGUAAUAAAAGGAAGGCUUAAGAAACGCCGGUUCCAAGAAUAUGAUUGUGGUGAAUUGACUUAUCGAGAAAGAUGGGGAGGAAAUACAUGGUUAUAAAACUCUGUAUGAUUUCUUUUAACUUUGUAACCAAUUCAUUAGUUAAUUGGAAUAAAUUAGAUCACCUUAUAACCAUACUUUUUUUUCAGUCUUAUAGGGAUGUUUAGUAUAAAAAAAUAUAACGCUAAAUAAUGAACUCUAUUCUUUGGGAAGAGUGGAUGUUUUCAAUUAGGUUUAAACUAUGAACUUACCCAGCUUACAAAACUUGAAACCAAUAAAAAUUUGUAACUAAUUUCAUCUUUAUAAAGCUAGAAUUUCGAUUGUCGUUCGGUUUCUGGUUACAAUGUAAAUUAUAUUUCUAAUUUUGAUUUAAUCAUUUUAACCUAAAAGUAGUCAAAAUACGUCUUUCUACUGUUUUAAUAUUGUAUUUCAAUGUUUUUCAGACAACUUGAUUUUUUUGAUAUAAGGUUUCUGCAUACAAAUAUAUAAACGUAUUUAUAAAUUUUCAUAAUUAG